GGCUGCCUCAAGCCGGAGCCUCCAGGAAUAGCCUAGAGAGAGGCCUUGGAGCACUGACUGGCCGCCUCCGAGCUGCUGGUGAGGCUACCCUUUAAAGACAGGCAUUUCGCUUGCAGUAAAAUAAUAGGAAGGAGGUUUGCUUGCUUUGCGCAGAGGCUGAGCCACAGGAGAAAGCAAAGCCAAUGUGAUUUAUUGAAUGAAAGCACUGGACAAUUACCAACAACUUGUUCCUCUGCUGCCUCCAACAACCUAAACUGGAACUGCCGUGUGAAAAUGACCCAACAAAUGCAGAAUUUACAACUUUGUCAGUCAAAAAAACAUAGUGCCCCAUCAUCUCCCAAUGCUGCCAAGCGUCUGUACAGGAACCUCUCUGAGAAACUGAAGGGGAGCCACUCUUCCUUUGAUGAGACCUAUUUUAGAACAAGAACUGACCGGCUGAGUCUCAGGAAGACCUCAAUGAACUUCCAGGGCAAUGAAGCCAUGUUUGAGGCAGUUGAACAGCAGGACAUGGAUGCUGUGCAGAUCCUUCUGUACCAGUAUACACCAGAAGAACUGGAUCUCAACACACCUAACAGUGAGGGGCUGACACCCCUGGAUAUUGCCAUCAUGACCAACAAUGUGCCCAUUGCCAGGAUUCUUCUGAGGACAGGGGCCAGAGAAAGUCCACACUUUGUCAGCCUGGAAAGCCGGGCAAUGCACCUCAACACGCUGGUCCAGGAAGCCCAGGAGAGGGUCAACGAACUGUCUGCCCAGGUGCAGAAUGAAGGAUUCAGUCUGGACAACACAGAGAAAGAGAAACAGCUGAAAGCUUGGGAGUGGAGGUAUCGGCUUUACAGACGCAUGAAAACGGGCUUCGAACAUGCCAGAGCCCCCGAGGUGCCAACCAAUGUCUAUCUCAUGGUGACCAGCAGCACAUCACUCACCGUCAGCUUCCAAGAGCCUCUUAGUGUCAAUGCAGCUGUAGUAACCAGAUAUAAAGUGGAAUGGAGCAUGUCCAAAGACUUUUCUCCUUUGGCUGGAGAAAUAAUCAUGGAUAACCUGCAUACUCUGAGAUGCACAAUCACAGGACUUACAAGGGGCCAACAGUAUUUUAUGCAAGUCUCAGCUUAUAACAUGAAAGGAUGGGGACCUGCUCAGACCACAACACCGGCUUGUGCCUCUCCUUCCAACUGGAAAGACUAUGACGACAGAGAGCCCAGACACAAGGGACAGAGUGAAGUUUUGGAAGGUCUGCUGCAGCAGGUCCGAACCCUUCAUCAGCAGUGCAGUUGCCGGGAAAGUUCAAAAUUGCAAACCACAGGCCGCAAGCAAUCAGUCUCAAGGAGCCUGAAACAUCUAUUCCAUUCCUCAAACAAGUUUGUGAAGACGUUAAAACGGGGGCUCUACAUAGCUGUUAUAUUUUAUUACAAAGACAAUAUGUUAGUCACCAAUGAAGAUCAAAUACCGAUUGUUGAAAUAGAUGACUGUCACACCAGUUCAAUUAUACAAGACUUUCUGUGGUUCACGAAGCUGUCUUGUAUGUGGGAAGAUAUAAGGUGGUUGCGGCAGAGUGUACCCAUCUCCAUGUCCUCCUCCACAGUCCUGCAAACUCGGCAGAAGAUGCUUGCAGCAACAGCCCAGCUACAGAAUUUACUUGGAACCCACAACUUGGGAAGAGUAUACUAUGAGCCCAUUAAAGAUCGACAUGGAAACAUACUCAUAGUCACCAUCCGAGAGGUAGAGAUGCUCUAUUCAUUUUUUAAUGGCAAAUGGAUGCAGAUCUCAAAGCUGCAAAGCCAGAGGAAGUCUCUGUCAACACCUGAGGAGCCAACAGCCUUAGACAUUUUACUGAUAACCAUCCAGGAUAUUCUCUCUUAUCACAAAAGGAGCCAUCAGCGUCUCUCUCCUGGAUUAUAUCUAGGUUUCCUAAAGCUAUGUAGCUCUGUGGAUCAGAUCAAAGUUCUUGUCACCCAAAAGUUGCCCAACAUUCUCUGCCACGUGAAGAUCCGUGAAAACAGUAACAUUUCCAAAGAGGAGUGGGAAUGGAUCCAAAAGCUUUCUGGCUCUGAAUCUAUGGAAAGUGUGGAUCAUACUUCUGACUGCCCCACGCAAUUGUUCUUCUACGAGCUCCAGAUGGCAGUGAAAGCUCUCCUUAAGCAGAUCAAUAUACCUCUACACCAGGCAAGGAACUUCCGCCUCUACACACAGGAGGUGUUGGAAAUGGGUCACAAUGUGUCCUUUCUUCUCCUGCUCCCUGCCUCAGACGACGUCUGUACAGCCCCAGGACAGAAUAAUCCUUACACCCCACACUCAGGGUUUCUUAACCUCCCUCUUCAGAUGUUUGAACUUGUUCAUUUUUGUAGCUACAGGGAGAAAUUUAUUAGUCUGUAUUGCCGCCUUUCUGCUGUUGUGGAGCUGGAUUCUCUGAAUACCCAACAAGCCCUGAGGGAAGCUAUCUCAGACAGUGAGGUUGCAGCUGCCAAACAAAGAUACCAGCAAGUUUUAGAUUUCAUUCAGAAAAUAGAUGAAGUUUGGCGUGAAAUGAGAUGGAUCACAGAUGCUCUACAGUAUGCAAGAUACAAACAGCCAGUUUCUGGCUUGCCAAUCAUGAAGCUGAUAGAUCCCUCAGAUGAGCAGAAUUUAAAGAAGAUCAGCUCUACAUCAUCACAUAUAGACUGUCUUCCAUCACCAUCACCAUCCCCGGAGAUGCACAGGAGAAAGGCAGUGAGUGAUUCACAACCCUGUUCUGAUGAGGAAGGCUGCUCGGAAGUCUUCCUCCCCACUGACAGCGACUAUGACUCCAGCGACGCCCUAAGUCCCCGCGAUCUGGACCUGGUCUACCUAUCGUCGCACGACAUUGCCCAGCAGGCCCUGAGCGGCCUGAGCGGCAGUGCCCCCGACGUCCUACAGGUGCAUGACAUGAAGUCCCCGACGGGGCCGGGCCCGGACCUCCAGAGCCGGGCCCCAGGGCCGGACUCUGACCAUUUGUGCGCAGAGUUCCUCCACAGCCUGACCUUCACGCGCUUCGCGCCGAAGAACCACGCCAAGAUGGCGCCAGGCGCGCGGCCGCCGCUGGGCUUCCCGGGAAAGCGUAAGCAGGGCAAGCACCAGCACUAUGGUGGCUUCAGCCGCCACCACCGCUGGCUGCGCAUGCACAGUGAGACGCAGUCGCUCUCGCUGUCACUCUCUGAAGGCGUUUACACACAGCACCUAUCCCGGGCCUGUGGCCUGGAGCCCGGAGAGGCCGAGCGACUAGGGCCUCUCCCCGACGGGCCCCGAGGUCUAACCCUGACCCACGCUGCAAGCCUCCCAGAGGAGCGGAAGAGCAGGGUCCAGGACCCGAGCCCUUCGGUCCGCCGCAUCUACGUGGAGCCCUACCCCGAGGCCCUCGUGGGCCCGGAUGCAAAGCCGUGGGCUAGCCUGAGCCCGCCCCCAGGAGGUUGCUCGGGCCUGCCGAGCCCCACGGACCCAGAGAUGACCCUGCAGGACCCAACGACUUCUGCGGUAUCAGAAAUACUCAGCAGCAUGCUUUAGGGAGGCCUGCAACCAAGCUGUUCGCCAUUCCACCCCAAGCCCCUGCGUCCUCCACCAUCCCUCCCCAGCCCGCUGCACCGUGACCCCAUCCCUUCCCAAGUGAUUUGAAUGUUAAAAAUCAGAGUGUUGUAUUUAGUGUGUUCAAGACCAUUUUUUCAGAAUAGAGUGAAAUGGAGAUGAGGGCUGCCAAUGUCAUCUCAAGUUAGGCCUCUAAUGGGUAUGUUGUGUCAACUUGAGCCCUGGAUGCAAUUGUUCAAACAUACCUCCCUAUUGGUGGCACCUGUGGCUGAGGUAGGCCACACUCAGUUCUGCAGUUGCCUCUGUAAUCUGACCCUGAGGUUAGGGCUUCUUUGGGUAUUGGUGAUUGACAGGGAGGAUUUAUACAGAGGGAAAAUAAGACUAGCAUAGUUUUUUCCCUCAUUCCAAACCUUUAGAAGAGUUUGAAGGAAGGAAGCCCAGGAUGUGCCUCAAGUAAAGCUGUGCUGGGUUCCCUGUCAGUUAAAAUAACUCAUUCCAAAGUGCAGAGUUCUCAGCAGCUCACCAAAUCCAGCUUGUCCAUCAAUUCUGGUCUGAUUAAGUAGGACUUGGAUAGGCUUUUCCUCUCUUUGUACUGUGUGGAACCACCAGAAACAAAAGUAGAGGACACUUACAACACUGUCCUUUACAGACAGAAUAGGGCAGGGAGAAGCCUUUACUGCCCACUCAGCUCUAUUCAAGCAUGAAAAUGGGCCAUAAUUGUUCUAGGGUUCAAGAAGAUGGCGGUGUUGAGUGAAAGCCUAGAUUACAGAUGAGACAAAGGAAGGGAGAGAGACAUGAGCAGAAAGGUAUUUCCUUUACAGUCUUAAGAUAGGCAAAAUAAGUCCAUGUGGUCUGUCUCUCUGAAAAAUAGUGGAUCAGCUCCAGAUUCUCAGGUAGUUUCAGGUGUAUUAGGUAUAUUAUCAUUGAACAAGAAAGUGCCCUUCAGAUAUGGCCUGGCCAAGCAGAGAUAGGCUUCUCCAAGCCACAAGGCACAUGCACUUACCCCACGUCACAGGACAGAUUGCCCAGGGCUUGGGUUGCUGCCUUCCUCUUUUGGACCCACCCCUUUCAAAGAGUCAGUUUUUCCGAUUAUCUGUCCCAUUUGCCUCAGGGAGAAUCUUUCCUUAGAAGUCCCUGCUGGUGGGUUCCAAAGAUUUGCUCAGAGACAUCUAAACAUCCUGCUUUGCCUACCACCCGCCUGUCUCAAAAACCGAGAAACCUGAGUCAAAGACAAAUCACACUACAUAUUCAGAAAUAUCACCCUACAUAUUCAGAAAUUCAUCUCCUGGAGCAAGACUCAAUCAAUUAACAGACAUUCUAAAGGGUCCUUUUCUGCUCCCCAUGCAUUUCAGUUAAAUAUUGCUCACCCUCACAGUUCUACCAUUCCCCCUCUUGAGGAUUCAUACGAAGUUCCCUGUUUGCAAUGUUAUUCUGAUGACUUCCAUUUUCAAAGCAUUUGAUUUAAACAUAAAUAAUUACCCUAGUGGAAAGGUACAAAUUUGGCCCAUGGCCUAUGAUCAUUACAAAACUAAAGUCUGGGAGUCAGUCCUUUUUUUUUAAGAGAUUUUACCCUCAAUGAACCCCCAAAAGAAUCUUGAUCAAAAUAACGGCAGUUCCUUUUCUGUGCCUGCAAGGGUUUAAAAUGCAGUUUUCUUCUAUUCUGAGUUAAUUUUAUGUAUAUGGAUGGGUGAGUGUUAGAGCUAAGAAAAGACCAUCAAAUUAGUUUAAAUUCUUGGAUUUACAGAUGAGGCAGUUAAAGCCCAGAGAGGUUAAGUGACUUGCUCGAGGUCACAGAGCUAAUUAGUCUCAGAGUUAAGGUCAGAACUCAGAACCAUUCCCUUUAUAGUAGGUUGUCCUACUAGAAAUUGGUACAUACCCAGUCAACUCUUGAUUGCCUACAGGUUACUUACCUAUUUUGUAGAUCAUUUGUCUACUUCGAAUUCCAAAUUCAACUCCCUCACUCAACCCUCGCUAGCAAGUUUCCAGUAUCACAGAGAAUGCAAAUUUGAAUUGCCAGGAAAUACAAACUUAAUGUAAUAGACAUCUAACCUAAAUUAAUUAAUUAAAAAAUAAAAUUUGGGCAAAGUGUUAUUUUAAAUUACAUACUUUAUGACUCCCCUUUAACAACAGGAAUGACUGAAAGUCAUCUGCACUCAAUUUCUAUUUAUUUCUAAUUAUAUGGCAGAUUGUAUAUGUUUAGUGAGUCUGUGAGACGAGAUGCUGGAACUGUCAAGAACUAAGAAGUCAAGCGAUUUUAUGAUCAUGACCAUUCUCAUGACACAGGGAGAACUUUGUGACUGUGAAUUAUCUGGGAGAUACUCCAUAGGCAGCAAAGACAGAGACUUGCCCAACCCACCUUCCACCCCCUCAGCCCCUCAUUUGGUCAGUAAGUUCUGGCAUACAGGACCAAAUAAUGACCUAUGAAGUAAGGUUGCGUUAAUUUCAAACCCACUAAUUUACAUUGGGGACACAAGGUUACUUUCUCAACUUCUGUGAGGAAAGCAGGCAUGCCCAUGAAAGGAAUAAUGCAAAUUAGAUUGCAAGGAGCAAACUUAAUCUUCUUGGAAUGCAUUUUCCCAGCAAUAUUCCUAUAUAAAAGUGGAUAGGUUCUAUCCAAAAUAAUUCACUGUUCAUGCAAGUAGACUUCGCCCUGAACCUCCACUUUACAACACGUUGUGAGCCUACUUUAAAAUAAUAUAUUCCUGUGAGAAGUAAUUGUGUUCUCUAAUGCAAGUCCUUUAUUCAUUUGGCUAAUCUUCUAAUUAUAGACUCCACAAUGUCUGAGGGAUUUUGUUUGUGUGUUUAUUUUGUUUUGUCGUGUUUUGUUUUAUUGGAUUUUUUGUUGGUUGGUUGGUUGGUUGGUUUGGUUUGCUUUGGGUUUGGAUAUGAUGGACUUUUGUUUUCCAUUCUUUUUAAAUCUAAUCUGAGAGUCUCUAGAGGAAACUUUCCUGUUCCAGGUCUCCUUUUCUAGAGUUUUUCUAACAUAUUUGACUCUCACCUUAAUUAACCAGCUCUUAUUAUGUGUGAAAACCCUCAAAAAUCAUUGACUGAGGCUCCCUAUAUGUCUAUCUCUAUUCCACGUCCCAUUGAGAACAAAAGACAUCAAGCGUGAAACACACUCCCAGGUCACAAAGAGCUCACAAUCUGAUCUAAGAAUGUGGCCAUCAUCGCCAUACAUCUUCUCACCAAUGUCUUAGAAGAGGCAGGGGCCUGUCUCCUCAGCCAGGCAGACCUGGUGCAUCUUAGGCUAGACAUCUUUGAUUUCACUCUUUGUCUAUUCAGGAGGGGGAAGGGCAGCCUGAAAAAUGCAAGUCACCAACGUAUAUGCUUGGCAACCAUUUACAAGGCUACCAUCCUCUUAAUUGGUGAGGGUACCUGGGAGACAGUAAUUCAAAGCACCCACUCCAGGAGAUGAGUACUUUAAGAAGUGGGUACUUAAAGAUGAGACCCAUUCCGUUUUAAGAACAUUCACUAAUGCUCGAAGCAAUAAUUACACUGGAGAAACUGGUUCCAUUUGGUUUGAAUAUUGAAGCCAAUCCCCUUUCCUGAAGGAUCCCAAAGCACUUUAUAGAGAGUAAUGACUGAAGCCUUGUUUUCCUCCCCCAAAGAGACCUUGUCGCAGAGCCACCUGGCAAACACCUACCCUGUCCUUGCCAGGAGAUCGUGCCAGGCAAGUGGAAAAGAGCACUGGCCUCUCAUUCAUUGUUAUCCUGGCACACAAACACACGCCCUCCUGAGUAUUGAGCUCUUCCCUUGAAGACAACUCUGUUAGACAAGGAAGCAUAGCAGAAAAUCCCAACUCUUUGGCCUCUUCUUGUUCUUCACCCUCCCCCCAAAAUGUACUCUCUUUCUCUUGGAGAAUGAUCAACUCAAGCUGUUAAGGAGUCUGCAGUGCAUCUGAGUUCCCUAAUUAUGUCAACAGCCCAAGGAAUUCACUGGCUUCUUAAAAAUGAUACUUGCCAGAAAGAUGAUGCCAUUAUUUUACAGUUGUCUCAACUUUGUUCCUAGCAGCACUACAGCAGAGAGUAUGCAUCUCUUAGUUGGUAUAUCUCGUUAUUAAAUUAUAACAUACCAAGUAGAGAGGAUAGUUAUAGGGGAACAAGAGAACCCUCUCGGAGAAUUGCAAGUGCUACAUUGUCACUUUAUAAAGUCUAAAUAUUUUUUCAGAUAAGUCAACGAAGCAAAUCUGGACUUUAAGUAGUUUUUAAAGGAGCUAUUUGGAAAACAAUGGUACCUCCUCACAGGUAGUAGGGUGAACAAGGGAAAAACUUGUUUCUUUGCCGAUCACCUCUCAUAAGAUGUUCAAACACAUGGCUCAUGACUGUUAAGCUAAACUUCAAUGCGGCCUUACAAACAACAAGGGUAGUGUAUUUGAAACUAUGUUGUACAGCUUGGAAACUUACUCUAAGAUCUUAAUUCAGAGUUUUUCUGAGGUGUUGAACUUUGCCAUUAGCAAAAAGUAUUUUUAGAAAAAUCCAUUGACUGUUUAUGAAGCACUGAUUUUGCCAUAUUUUGGGUCUCUGGUUUUUCCACCACAGCUGCACAUGGUAGUUAUAUUUGUUUUUUCAAUUAUUUCUACUAUUUCAAUUAAUAAUGAGUUUAUAAGAUGGUUGUCAACAGGACAGUUAUUUUUAUUUUUUAACAAUCAGAUAGGUGGACCAUGAAAAUAUUCUCUCUCUCUCUCUCUCUCUCUCUCUCUCUUUUUAAUAUCCCUGGGUCUUUCCCCUCCAGAUACAUACUUUUUUUUUAAAUUAUAGAGUAAGCCAAUGUUUAAUCUAGUGAUAAACGUUAUGAAGCUAUCAGUUAAUGCUCUCUGCUCCUCUUCCUUCAGUCCAUGACAUCAAAGUUUGAGUACACUUUCACAGUAACCACCACCAAGUAUAUGAUUUAUAAAAGCCAAGUCUGGCAAAUUGUUGUGUUAAGUCACUCUGAGUUGUUGUGUUUCCUCUUGCUCUGAGACAAAACAAGAUGUUUGGGGAUAUCCCAUGUAUGUAGUCACAAGCAUCAAUUUAAUGUUUAUGAUGGAAAAAGAAUUAAAGAGGUGUGUAUGAGUGUGUGUGUGCGUGCGCAUGUGAGUAAUUGGGAGGGGGGUUCUCAUAGAAAAGGUAAUUUAAGUGACAUUCUAUUAGGCAGUGUUUAAUUGCUUCCUGCCUAAUGUGUACAUAGUAAUUUGGCUGAUUAUUGGUUGUUAUUUGGUCAGAAUUUAUUGUAUCUUGUUGCUGUGUAUGCAACUGUGUGUAUGUUAAAGUUUAGACUUCGGUAUGUUAUCUGCACAAUUUUGUGUGCUUUAAACCUCUGUACAUUUACAAAUGAAUUAUGUAUGUUGUGUUAAAUAUGAUCCCCAAUCUUGAAAUAAUAUUUUUUAGUAUGUACCUUUGCAAACUAUUUGAAUAUUUUAAAUGGAUAUGUAAACGGCCAGUACCCUCAUUUAAAAACAGCACUGGUAAAAUGCAUGCCUCUUCAACCUACUGAUUUGUAAGAAGAGGUCAGGGUUUAACAAGAAUUAAGAUAAUUUUUCUAAUGGCAAAAGUAUUUUUGAUAAUUUCCUACCUGCUUAAUUGUAUUUGCAAGAAAAAAUUGUCAACAGAAGAAAUCUUAGCUAUCAGAGGGAAUGACUUUGUUUCAUAGGUAUUAAAUAAUAUUAAUAUACUUUAUAUCUAACCUGAUAUUGUUGAAAUCUAGCUCAAGGGUUAAGUCAUCAAAAAUAUAUUUGAUUAUUCAUAGGACUUUUUGCUAUGUAAAAGACAGUUUCCAAGCCCUUUGUCUUCAGUGUGAGGAAAUGUCAGUUAAAUAAUAAACUAAUAGAAUUCUCAGUACUUAACUUACCUGAUGUUUUUUCCAUUUCUCAGCUAAGACAAAAAAAUUUUUCAGCCUGAGCUUUCAAAAUCUUUUCACAGAAACUCUGGAAAAGUUAUUAUUUGGGGCAUUGUUUUGACACUUAUCCAUAGUCUCACCAGUUGGCUCUUGGUUGACCAAUAGCAGUUGGGUAAUUUCUCCUCCAUAAUUGGUUACCACCAAGUGUUAAAAUUACAGAGUAGGUUGCCAUGGCAAAUACUCUCACCAAGUUGCACCCAGGAGCUCUGCUGUCUUAACCCUGCUCCUUCCUCCACUGCAUGCAUGUUUAAAUGUCUUCAGUGCGUUCAGGCCUGCGCUGUCCUAUCUCCCUCUUUCUCUGUUCCCUCUUUUUCCAUACCUGUAAAGCCCCUCCCUUACCCCCAUUCCCUCUGGAGGAGAUUUGAGAUUUCUUCUGUGUUUGAAAACACUACAAAGAGAAUACUUCGAUCUCAGAAACCUUCACAGAGGUUAUUCUGAGUUCCCAAGGACAGGAAAUGUGCUGCUUUGGAUCUUCUAUUUGUCUUAUGCUGUUCUACAGAAUUCUUUUAAACGCACACACACACACGCGCGCGCACACAAAGAUUCAACUCUUCUAUUGGCAUGUUUGUGAUCGGCUUUCCUGACAGCCUCAGAGGGCUGUUUUGUUGUCCUGGCCAAAUGUGCUGUUUUCCCUAUGUAAAUUGUCAUCUUUCUAAGCAAACCAUUACUUUCUU